AUGCGCAGGCCAUGGACGCUCAAGAUGAUCCAUCCUGGCCCAUCCCAGAGGAUGCCGCUCCAGAGGUGGCUGCGUGGGGUGUUUGCCCACAUGUUCGAAGAAAGAUUUUCAGAUCUGCGACGUCGCCAGCUCUCGCAGGUGAGCCUAUUGUCAGAACCGCCCACCAACUUGGCCCCGGGCACGCCCUUGGCCGUGGCGGUCUUUUUGGCCGCGUGGUACGUGGGCUACGUGCUGGUGGUCAUGUCUCAGAUGGGCAGCAUCUCACAUACAGCUCCAGCGGCCCCAUUUGAGUUGGGCACCAGAGAGCUGGCAGACAUACAGUGGGGCAGCGCAGCCCUGGUGAGCUUUGGCUAUUGCUUCUUGGUCUUCGUGGGCGUACGAUACAUGGAGCGGCGGAGCUCCGUGCGCUCAGUCAUCAUUUUCGAAAUCAUGGCCGUUUAUAACUCGACGCAAGUCUUACUGAACCUGUACGAAGUCUGUGCGAUCCUCUAUGACAUGAUUUCCUCUGACUUCCGUUUGGACUCGCUGCCUAAGAAUGUGGCAGAGCCUUUGAUUUGGCUGCAGUACCACUGCCGACAGAUGGAGCUUCUGGAUACGUUCUUCUUGGUCCUGCGCAAGAAGUUCGACGACAUCUCCCUUUUUCACAUGUACUAUCGGGUCCUGAACAUGUGGGGUUGGUUCUUUGGAUUUCACUACGCCUGCGUGGGGCCCACACUGGUGCCUGCCUUGGUGACCUCCGUCGCCCAGACCCUCCAGUACUUAUCCUUCACCAUGGCGAUCUUUGGCGUUCGGAAGCUGCCCUUGUUCUGCAAGGCACCCAUCGCGGAGCUUCAAACUGCCUGCGCUGGGCUGUGCAUGUUGUCCAACUUGUUCAUGGCCGUCAGUGGUCGCCUCCCCAUCGGCCUGGCCAUGCUGCACGCUUUUGUCUUCUUCAAUGGUGUGGUCCUCUACACGGACUUCCAUUUCCGAGAGACGCAUCCCUUGAGAGAGAAGGCCCCUCCAUCGCAGGACGGAGAGCGGGUCACUUUCAGUUUCGACUCUGCAGGGUGGCUCUACGUCUAUCAGUUCGGCGUGGCGGCUUUCCUGCAAGAGCACUUGAUGCCGCCCAACGGCGCUCCGGACCCCGAGCACUACCCCCGUGGGCUGGGCUUCAGUGGCUCGAGUGCCGGGGCGCUGACGGCGUCGUUGCUCGCGUCGGGCACGUCGGUGCCGGACGUCUUUGAGCACGUCCUGGCGCAGUACAAGGUUUGCCGGCGGCGGCCAUGGAAGAUGGCCGGAUGUGCCGAGGAGGCGCUGCGGAAGUACCAAUUCCCUGGCGCUUUCCGCGUGAUCGCUGGGAGGCUUCGGAUCUUGGUGACGCGUGCGCUCUGGAGGCCGCCGUUCAUUAUGGGUGAAGUCGUGGACGAGUUCCCUGACAACGAGACAGCCAUUCAGCUCUUGAUGGCUUCUUGCCACAUCCCAGCAAUCUGUGGAUUUUUCCCCAAGAAGAUCGGUGACAAGUACUACUACGACGGCAUGAUGUGGAGCUCGCUCUUUGUCCCCUGGCGCGGUGCUAAGGAGGACCACAUCGUCAAGGUCUCGGGCAUCGGUGGCGUCAUGUCGGACAUUCGACCUCCUCUCAUCCCACCGUGGUGGUGUAUCCUCCCGCCGCCUGUGCGUGUCCUGCGCGGACUCUACUGGCAAGGCUAUCUUGACGCCUUGCUCUGGUUCCGCGCGCCCCCACGCCAGCUUGAGGGCUGGUGCGGCCGCCGCGAUGUGCGAGAGCGCGCCCCAGCGGCGGCGUCAUCGCAGGCAUCAUCGCAGGCUGCGUCGCAGGCGGCGGCGCAAGCCCCUGCGGCAGCCAGGCGGAACGCGCGGCGGAACACCGCAUCUUCUGCGCAGCGGAAGUGGCAGGUGGCCAAGGCUUUGCUGAAGCAAAGUCCCCCGAAGCUCGCCAAGGCAUUGGCGGUCUGCGAUCCCAGUGGAGAGACAGUGCGGACAUUGCUCAAGGAUUUCUAUGAUGCGAGGAGUUACACCAUGCACUUGUCAGCUUUGUGCUGCUGUGCCCUGCUGCUGCCGCUGGGUGCUAUCACGCCACAGAUCCGCAGCACCGUCCUCGGGCUCACGCUGGUGGCUUCAGUGGCCUUUGCCUGGCACACUGGGGAGGACAAGCGCGUCGCCAAGUGA